CAGUCUAACUUCAACUUCUUAGUCACAGAGAUGCUGAAACCAAAAAACAACUACAAUGAACAAAUUGGAAAGUUCCUUCAAUUAUCAGAGCAACCUCAACGUGCUCCAAAAACAGCAUCUCGCAAUUUUACUUUCAAGAAACCAUCUAGUGGCAAAAUCAAUAAACUUUCAAGUAAAAAGUCAACUAGCACUUCACUGACUGUUCCCAUCAAAACAGUACCCAAAUCUAAGACUGGUUUCAUUCCUGUGGUACAAAGUGGUGUUACUGCUAAGGUGCAUUCUGUUCCUGUUUCUACAAAGCAGUCAAGUUUACAGUCAUGGUUUAAAAAUAAUGAUACAAAGACAACUAAUUUAACUCCAUCCAACAAUUUUGGAGUUCCAGGUAAAAAGCCUCAAGCGACCGUCUCACCAGUCAUAAAUAAUAGGUUAACAAGGAAGAAAUCACCAAAACCGGUUCUAGAUAUCGAAGAUUAUGGAGCUGAUGAAUGGUCUGAUUUUGAUGAUUCUUCAUUUCUACAAUCAAGUUUAUUAUCUAGUGAUUUCAGGGAUAAUACCUCUACAAAUACAGGAAUGUCAAAUAGAGAACCUAAUAAUGAGGUGAAUGUGGCAACGGUUGAUUUACUCAGUGAUAAUGAAGAUGGUUUUGAUGAUCAAGAUGAAGAUAGAUUUCACAAUGUACGUGAGACUGCUAGCAGCAUCUUGCCCACAGAUGUACCACCAGAAUUUGAUUUUGGAAUAUCGGAUUUUGAAGAUUUUGAUGAAGAAGAAGAUGUUGAUAAAGAUGUUUUACCUUCUAAUGAUAUACCACAGGCUGUUGAUGACAGGUCCAAGGUGGAAUCAGCUGAUAAUCAUGCAGUGUUGGCAGCAUUACCCGAUAAGGUUAGUGAAGAUGAUUUGAAAAAAAGACUUGAAGAUCUGAAAUAUUACAGACAACUGUUCUUGAUGAGAUAUGUUCUGCAGUUGAUAAACCAAUAAUAUAUGAAAUUCUACAGCAGAGUGAUUCUGAAAAUCUGAGGAAAUCAAUUCAUACAUGGAAAAGAA